AUGUCUUCUUCUUCCGAUACUGGAGUAUCAGACACGCUGGAUCCUAUGGCGAUUGUAUCGGACGACGAGAUUCUAUCUGAGAGCGAGGUUUAUACGUCGGAUACUACGAGCACUGAUGAGGACGACUUCCAGCCAUUUGCCCAGCCGGACGAUGCACCUUUAGCUGAUGGUCCUUUCGACGGGGAUCUACCUCUCGUUCUGAUCCCUGCUCCUAUCCCCCUCGCUGCGUUUCCCUUAGAGGGUUUACCUCUCGAUGCCUUAUCAGAUGACGAUGUCAAACUUUUCAUAGAGGGUCUCCCGGAGGGUGACAAGGAUGGUGGGGGCCCUGUGGAGGACGGUAUUCCGGUUGACGACCCUGUAGUUCCUAUUGCUGAGGCUCCUGUGGAGGAGGCUCCUUCUGAUUUGUCUGGUCCAUACUCGUUUGAGUAUGUGGCAUCCACUUCUUUUCAUGACCGGGGUGUGCAACACUAUUCUCCCGACGCAGACUCAGACAUGGCGAUGUCUGCUGCACCUGUUGUCCCCCAGGACUUUGGCCCGGAGCCGGAGGUCGAGUUUGUACCAGGUGAGCCUGCUCCAGUUGGUCCAGAGCCUGUCAUUGCACACGACCCUAUCGAUGUUCCAGUCGUUGCUCUUUUACCUGAUCCUCUACCAGAGCCUGACCACGUUGAUCCACCAGUCGUGGCACCACACGUCGUUGGUGCAUCAGUCAUCGUACCACCGGUUUCUGAUAUUCCUAUUGCUGAUGCACCCGUUCUUGCACCACCUGUUGUCGACCAUGCACCUUUUGCCAUACAUAUUGAUCCCAGAUAUGCUGACACCCUUAAUGGGUGCAUUGAGGAUGAUGAUGACUAUCCUCCGUUUGUUCUCCCUGUCACACCACCUGCUGCACCUGUAUUUGCACCUUUUGAUAUUCCCCAGUUCCACCCGCACAAGAUGCCUCCACAUCGAGACACACGUUUGCCUACUACCGAGGCAGAACUGCAGGAACGUAUUUCAAAGGCGAUAGCUGACUAUGAGGCCUCCCGCACAGAGACUAGCGAAGGUUCCUCAAGAAACAACAACAACCCACCCAAUGGUUAUACCUACAAACAAUUUCUGGAUUGUAAGCCCUUAAAUUUCGACGGCACUGGGGGUACUGUUGCUUUCGUCAGGUGGACCGAAAAGACGGAUUCAGUAAUAAGGAUGAGCAAGUGUGCUCCUGAAAACCAAGUUACUUACGUCUCAGGACUCUUUCUUGAUGGUGCUUUAUCCUAG